CCUUGGUCCAGCGGUGUCCUCACGGUCUUCUGUCCCGAUGCAGGCAUCUUUAGUGUGGGCACCCGGCUGUCUGCAGUCUCUGGUCAUCCCCUGUACUGUGUCCGCAGUCUCUGGUCAUCUGUAGUAUGUCCGCAGUCUCUGGUCAUCUCCUGUACUGUGUCCGCAGUCUCUGGUCAUCUCCUGUACUGUGUCCGCAGUCUCUGGUCAUCCCCUGUACUGUAUCCGCAGUCUCUGGUCAUCUCCUGUACUAUGUCCGCAGUCUCUGGUCAUCCCCUGUACUAUGUCCGUAGUCUCUGGUCAUCCUCUGUACUAUGUCCGCAGUCUCUGGUCAUCUCCUGUACUAUGUCCGCAGUCUCUGGUCAUCUCCUGUACUAUGUCCGCAGUCUCUGGUCAUCUCCUGUACUAUGUCCGCAGUCUCUGGUCAUCCUCUGUACUAUGUCCAAAGUCUCUCGUCAUCCUCUGUACUAUGUCCAAAGUCUCUAGUCAUCCCCUGUACUGUGUUCGCAGUCCCUGGUCAUCUCCUGUACUGUGUCCGCAGUCUCUGGUCAUCUCCUGUACUAUGUCUGUAGUCUCUGGUCAUUUCCUGCAAUAUGUCUGCAGUC